GCAGCAACACAUGAAACGCCCUUGAUCGCACUUUCCCUGCACCUCUGUACAUAAUUCCUUGGUGCCUUGCAAACCUCUCUGUAUCUUGUCAUAGCAGCAACUGCCCACACACAAGCCUCCAAAAGUCUCUCCGCCCACACAUCCCACCUACUCCAACAUGGGGAAACCCCGCAUGAUCAUAUUGAUCCGCCAUGCCCAAUCCGAGGGAAACAAGAAUCGCGACAUCCACCAGUUCAUCCCUGACCACCGAGUGAAACUGACCCAGCAUGGCUGGACACAGGCAGAAGAAGCGGGGCGACAACUGCGCUCUCUCCUCAAGCCAGACGAUACACUCCAGUUCUACACUUCACCUUACCGCCGAACGCGAGAAACGACAGAAGGCAUCCUCCGCACGCUGACCUCGGACGACCCCACGCCAUCGCCCUUUCCUCGCAACAAGAUAACCGUAUACGAAGAGCCACGGAUACGAGAACAGGACUUCGGCAACUUCCAGCCAUGUUCCGCCGAGAUGGAGCGCAUGUGGCAGGAGAGGGCCGACUAUGGUCACUUCUUCUACCGCAUACCUGAUGGCGAGAGCGCGGCAGACGCGUACGAUCGUGUCAGUGGCUUCAACGAGAGCCUGUGGAGGUCCUUCCAAGACGACAACUUUCCCAGUGUCUGCGUCCUGGUUACUCACGGGCUGAUGUCGCGUGUCUUUCUCAUGAAAUGGUACCAUUGGUCGGUUGAGUAUUUCGAAGACCUCCGUAACGUCAACCACUGCGAAUUCAUCAUCAUGAAGCGAAGCGAGAACAACGGCCGAUACAUCCUCCAGAACGAGCUACGGACAUGGUCAGAACUCAAGCGCCGCGCUGCCAAGGAGAAAGAAGAGACCAAGAGCGCUACCUCAUCUACACCGAGCAGAGCUACACCCUUGACUGGAUUAGGUCAAACAGGAGCCACAUCAUCCCCUACCAUACCUACGCGCCGAUGGGGAGGUUGCGUCAACGGCUGUGACCAUGACAAGAUCAACUACCCCCGCCGACCAAUGCGCAAGAACACCAUGGAGUACAUGGGACAUCAAUCCCAGCAGCUGCCUCCCCCCGCAGUCACACAUAUGGAGCCAGUAGAAAGCGAACAGGAAGAUCACCCCGUCGCAGCGCCGCAGACUGAACAUGCUCCCAUCAUCAAUGAACCUUCACCAGCGAAGCUAUCGCGAAAACAGAGCACUAAGAAUAUCCCGGAAAUGCCACCAACACCAGCAUCUCCAAACGAUGCGUCCAACGAUGCUACGAGCAGUGAGGGCGAGGAAGCAGCUUCUUCCAUGUCGCGAUCGGGUAACCAUGCGCAACCGCGAACCGCUGCCGUCCUUCGCCACUUGCAGCCCCAUAAGACACCAGGCGAGGGCUUCUCUGACGAUUCAGACUAUUUCCCAGGUAUGCAACAGGUUCACCACCGCAAGUUCCUCCGGGCAAGUUCAACACAGCGCAAACAGUCCAAGGAACGCAAAUUGCAACGCAAGCAGACAGAGCAGAGCUGGAAGGAGGAAUCAGGCAUGGGAAACGGCGCCAGAACUGACAGACUAGGUGACGGCGAUGCCACUAGUGACGACGCUGCGUUCGCCAAGGAGAAGGAAGGAGAACCGAUCCUCGUGGAGGCGCUCAAGGGUAACAUGAUUGUCGAGAAGAGCGAGGAGGAGCGAGAAGCAAAUGACGAGUUUGGUAAUACCGAGACCAAGAUUGGAGAGACGGAGAUUGACAAGAUGCAAGAUGCGGAAAGAAAGGGCUUUGGUGAGGUGUAUUGAAGCUUCCUGGAAGAACGACAUGUCGAAUACGAACGUGAAAAUAAUGCUGCUGUAGCAUCGCAGACCCUUGGACGUUUCGGAAAGGGUUUUGCUCAUCGAGCUGGCCUCGUAGACCUCCAUUUCUGUCCGAACUAUUGUACUUGAGAAGGAAUAGGCGAUGAAACAAUGUAUCAGAGAUAUCGGUCUUGAAUUUCUUGAGGAUGUGGUUAGACCUUGAGUAUAUGUGGUUUGACUACUAGCCUAGUAUGUGAACAUAAGGCUGAUACUCCCGUUCCCAGUUCAGCUUGUUUUCAGCCUCGCACCCAAUCGAUCAAGGACUAAUCCAUCUUAGGGAUGUAAGCUGUGGCUGUGCACAACACUACGUGCGAAAGAGUCA